GUCUAUUUCGACGGGGCAGUUUGGUCCAAUCGCCGCACCCGCCCAAACUUUCUUCUUGUUUUUCAUUGGCUGAGCGGCUUGGCCGUUCUGUACGUAAACGGGUGCCUUCUUUUUAAAGCACGGGGCGGCCUACGAAGAGGCAGGCCGGAGGAAGAGGAAAGUCACGUGCUGUAUGACCUCAGCGCUUCCGUUCUGCGGCACCACCACCCCUCCCUUUGCCUCGCGGGGAUGCCGGGCGGCGCUCGGCGCUCGCUGGCUUCCCCCGUGGUGAGCGGCGUCCUCUGCCAGUGCGGCGGCCCUGUUGCCACGACGGCGCCUUGGCCUCCGCCGGCGCCUGAGGCGGGCCCUUCUUCUUCUUCUUCGCCGCCCCUGGUGGACCCCGAGCGGCGGCUCCGGAGCCUCUUCGUCCAGCUCGACGUGAACCGCGACGGCGCCCUCUGCGUCCACGACCUGGCCGUCGGCCUCCAGCGCCUCGGGCUCUACCGCUCCGAGAGGGACCUGCGGAAAAUUGUAAAAGCCGGAGAUAAGGACCUGGAUGGUCAGCUGGACUUUGAGGAGUUUGUUCACUAUCUGCAAGAUCAUGAAAAGAAGCUGAGGCUGGUUUUUAAGAGCUUAGACAAAAAGAAUGAUGGCUGCAUCGAUGCCCAGGAGAUCAUGCAGUCCCUUCGAGAUCUGGGAGUCAAGAUUUCUGAACAGCAGGCGGAGAAAAUUCUCAAGAGAAUAAGGACGGGGCACUUCUGGGGUCCUGUCACCUACAUGGAUAAAAAUGGGACAAUGACCAUCGACUGGAAUGAGUGGCGUGACUAUCACCUGUUGCACCCCGUGGAGAACAUUCCAGAGAUUAUCCUGUAUUGGAAGCACUCAACGAUUUUUGACGUGGGAGAGAAUCUGACUGUACCUGAUGAAUUCACAGUGGAAGAGAGGCAGACUGGAAUGUGGUGGAGACACCUGGUUGCGGGCGGAGGUGCAGGAGCAGUUUCGAGAACCUGCACGGCUCCCUUGGAUCGCCUGAAAGUGCUCAUGCAGGUCCAUGCGUCUCGCAGUAACAAUAUGUGCAUUGUGGGAGGCUUUACCCAGAUGAUCAGGGAGGGUGGCACAAGGUCGCUUUGGCGAGGCAACGGCAUCAAUGUCUUGAAGAUUGCUCCCGAGUCAGCCAUAAAGUUCAUGGCCUAUGAGCAGAUCAAGCGGUUCAUUGGCACCGACCAGGAAGUUCUGAGGAUUCAUGAGAGGCUGGUUGCGGGUUCACUGGCAGGAGCUAUUGCGCAGAGCAGCAUUUACCCCAUGGAGGUUCUAAAGACACGGAUGGCCCUGCGCAAAACAGGACAGUACCUGGGGAUGCUGGACUGCGCCAAGAAAAUCUUUGCCAAAGAAGGGAUGGGGGCUUUCUACAAAGGCUACAUUCCCAAUAUUCUGGGGAUCAUUCCCUACGCCGGUAUCGACCUGGCUGUCUACGAGACAUUGAAAAACAGCUGGCUGCAACAUUAUGCUGUGAACAGUGCUGACCCUGGGGUGUUUGUCCUGUUGGCCUGCGGCACCAUGUCCAGCACCUGUGGGCAGUUGGCAAGUUACCCUCUUGCCCUGGUACGGACGCGCAUGCAAGCUCAAGCUUCAAUCGAGGGCGCACCACAAGUGACGAUGACUGGUCUCUUCAAACAUAUCCUGAAAACAGAGGGAGCCUUUGGCCUCUACAGGGGGCUGGCCCCCAACUUCAUGAAGGUUAUUCCAGCCGUGAGCAUCAGCUACGUGGUCUACGAAAACCUGAAGAUGACUCUGGGGGUGCAGUCUCGGUGACCACACAGUGUCGUGGACGUUGUCAAACUCUUAACAGAAUCUUGGGGCGCUGCUGUCCCAAGGGGUUUGUCCAUUUCAUUCUGUGAAUGUGUUGAUCAACACUAAAAGCUGCUCGAGCCAAACUGUGAAAAUCCCAGGCAAUGCGGAUUGUGGGAUGGCGCGUGGGAGGCCUUCGGUCUUUUCGAUGUCUUCUGUUAUCGCGAGAGCUCCAUGUUUAAAAAGUCACCGGGCGACGCUCUGCACAAGGGACCAAAUCCGGGAAUCCAAGGGAAACAUCCUGAGCUAUCGGUGCUGGCCUGGCUUGUAGCCCAGCCAGAGAGAGGACAGACCUACCCAAGUCUCUUGUGGCGAUCCGGGGCUGGAGAACAUAUCAUCUGCCACCUUGGCUUGAAAAAGAGCUGCUUUCUGUUGAGUGUUUCACCUCCUCCCUUGUCUUUUGCAGUCGACAUGAGACUGGCCUUGGGCAGGAGGGGCUGUUGGGCCAAAACGACAAUAUGUUGCUGUUUACAUUCAUUCUUUUGGGUAGAAGCAGUUGAGGUUAUACUUCAAGAUUCUGACACUGCAGUGUAACUGAAAGCCAGGGCUGGGCAGCAACUGCUGCAGCUCCGUGUUCCUUUAGAGGCUGGCCCAGGCAGAGCUGAAAAUAUUUUGUUUUUAUUUUUGUAGUCCUGAGGCUUACGUCCUCCUUAACACGGCUAACAAUAUGCACUUAUCAAGAGAAGCAGCACCAGCCUGCAUGCCUUAGGUUUGCGUGCUGGAAAGGCUUGUCUCUUCAGCAGUGGGAUGUUGAGAGGGGUCUUCUGGCAGCUAGCACCUUUUGAUGGGCUUCGCACUGCAAAACCUGGUGAGCCCCACUGCUCCUGGGCCCGUAGUUUGCCUUCAGGAGGGUAUGGGGCAUCUGACAGAAGCCAUCUUUCCUCCCCAUGUAGCUCCCCCCCCCCUG